AUGCAGUCUAGAGGCGUUUCGGACCCCGACAUGCUCAAAGAGUUGGAAGUGACGCUUGCACGUAUCUCCGUUACGGAAAAGGCACUCGAUAGCAUCGCAGACUUGAUCCGGGCAAGAAAAUUCAACGAAGGAUUUUCAGCGACCGCUAUGAAUAUGGUCAUGGAGCGCCUUCUCAAGGAAAAGUUGACAAAAAGAUUGGUGCCGAAGCUCACGCUUAUUGCUUUGAAUGCGCUACUCAGCGGAGAAACCAAGAUCGCGAUACAGCUCGGAAAGUUUUUUGAUCUCAUUGUCGAAGAUGCAGAAGUGGAGAUCUCUGAAAGCGAAGCAGGCUCUUGGCAAUUAAUCCUGUGGCAGAACGGGGAUCAGCGACUGGACGGCUCCAAUCAUUUCGAGGCUUUGCGCAUCUUCGAGCUGGCGAUUCACAAGCUCUUUGCUAAAUUCUUAGCAAACUCUACAAAGAUUCGCAGAAAGGUGGCCUUGAUCUAUAUUCAACAGGGCGAGCUUGGAAGCGCGGAAGAGGCUCUUGCAUUAUGCCAAAGCCAGUACAAGGUCGAAGCUUUGCAUCAAAUCCUCCUCUUCAUCAUCUUUAUGCUCUUGGAGCAUCUCUGGCAGAGCAAUAUCGACCAGGAAGGCCGAGUACUCACGACCCUCGAUGGUCCAAAGAUGGCCUACUGGUUUCGCACCCUGCUCGUCUGCUCCUUUGACUUACCGCACGGCCAGGAGCGGACGGACAAGGUGGCGGAAAUCUUCAAGCUGGUGUCCGAUAUCGUUGCCGAGGUGAACAAGGCCAUUGAGCGAAAUAAGGAGGAGACAGAAGGUCAAGGCCCAGAUGACGCUGGACCAAAGGCGCUGCCUUUGGACGAAACCCACUGGUUUUGCGUGCAGGCGUGGAAUACUGGUCUCGAGUACAAGGACAACGGAGACGUUGAAACUGGCAAGAACUUGUGCAAGCACGCCAUCAAGAUUGCAGGGGCAGAGCCAGGUUGCGCUGCGCGGUGCAAGAUUUUCAUGACCCAGUUCAGCGUCAUUUUUGAGCAGAAAGCAGUGGCAAGCGUGGCGUCCACGAUACUGAGCGACGAUUGA